GCGCCGCGCACGCGCAGGAGCCGGCGGCGCGCGCCGAGCGGGGGGCGCUGCGCGGGGCAGCCACGAUGGAAGGGGGUGCGUACGGAGCGGGCAAAGCCGGGGGCGCUUUCGACCCCCACACGCUGGUCCGGCAGCCGCACACCAUCCUGCGCGUCGUGUCCUGGGUGUUCUCCAUUGUGGUGUUUGGCUCCAUUGUCAAUGAGGGCUACCUCAACAGCCCCACGGAGGGCGAGGAGUUCUGCAUCUACAACCGCAACCCCAACGCCUGCAGCUACGGCGUGGCCGUGGGCGUGCUGGCCUUCCUCACCUGCCUGCUCUACCUGGCCCUGGACGUCUACUUCCCGCAGAUCAGCAGCGUGAAGGACCGCAAGAAGGCCGUGCUGUCUGACAUUGGUGUCUCGGCCUUCUGGGCCUUCCUCUGGUUUGUGGGCUUCUGCUACCUGGCCAAUCAGUGGCAGGUGUCCAAGCCCAAGGACAACCCACUGAACGAAGGGACGGACGCAGCCCGGGCCGCCAUCGCCUUCUCCUUCUUCUCCAUCUUCACCUGGGCGGGCCAGGCUGUGCUGGCCUUCCAGCGGUACCAGAUUGGCGCCGACUCGGCGCUCUUCUCCCAGGACUACAUGGACCCCAGCCAGGAUUCCAGCAUGCCUUACGCCCCCUACGCGGAGCCCAGCACCGGGCCGGACCCCGCCGGCACGGGCGGCACCUACCAGCAGCCGGCCAAUGCCUUCGACUCCGAGCCACAGGGCUACCAGUCGCAGGGCUACUGAGCCCCCUGGACCGCCUGCCCCUCCCCAAGCCCCGCCCUGCCCAUCCCUCCUGGUCACCCUGCCCAGCACCUCCCCAGCCUCCACAUUGCAGCGGGGCUGGGGCGGCCCUUGUGGGGGGCGCCCAUGUGUGUGCAAGUGUGUCUGAGGGUGUGCGCGCAGCGGGGGCCCGAGGGCAGGCGUAGGGCUGCAUUCAUUCAUUGUGUCCUCACGCAUUCAUUGAGCACCUACUCUGCCAGGCCCGUGCUUGGUCGGGUAGUGGAAGGGGGGUGCAGAGGUGGCCCCGUGGGUCCCAGAGGUAGGAGCGGUGGGACAGAUGGACUGGGUGGGUUGCGGGAAGUCUGGCUGCGCAGGGCUGGGACACAGGGCGAGUGUGAUGUCUGCAGCCCACCACCGACAGCCUGUGUGGCGCAGCAGGCCUGCAGGGGGGAGGGGGCGGAGCUGCUUCCGGUUCACAGUUGAGGAAAAGGUGGCUGAGAGGUCAAGGGCAGUGAGGCAGUAGAGAGCCCAGAGCUGACGGUGCCAGCCCCCCUCCCCACGCUCCCUCCACCCCCAUCAGCAUGACUCACCUGGGAGGCCUUGGGCCCUCUGCCCAGGAGAUACCCCGACUCCACGACAGGCCCAGGACCUCUUGUACUCUGGCUGCACCCCACCCUUGGGGUUCCCCUCCUAAGCAAGGAGCCAUCCCACAGGUAGCCCACCCAGAGCAGGCCAACCAGGCCUGCCUCUGGGCGAGCUCUCCGAGCCUUGCCUGGCCCUGGCGGUGGUGGGCAGUGUGCUGGGACUGGCCUGGCAUCCAGGAAGUGAAUGAGCGGAGUUGCUGUUGGGUUUUGUGGUCACCCCGCAGGGGCCCGAUCCCACCCCUGGGACCUCCCAGGACACAGGAGUGAUCUGGAGCAGCCUGGGCAUAGGUCUUGCCCUCCCUGACCUUCCGGAAGGUCCAUGGGGGGUGAGGAGUCCAUGGGUGAGCUGGCAUGCCGAGGACAGGGAGAGUUCUGUGCAGAGGGGGGCACGGAGCGAGGUAGCAGGGCAUCCCGGAGGCUCAAGCAGGGUGGGGCUGCAGGCAGCAGUCGGUUCUGAGCAGUGGCAGGAAGGGUCCUUGCAUGACGGUGCUGCACCUCUCUUCCUGCGGGUGCAGAGGGCACGCUGGCCGACCCCCUCGGGGGCAGAGCAGAGGGAUGGUGUCCCUACCACCACCGCCACCCCACAUCCCGCACAGGACCCCACAGGCAGGUGACCACUGCUUGCUCCAGCCACCAGGUGCCAGCCGUCCAUCUGGGGAGACCCAGGGUGUGUGGGGCCCGUCUUCCCAGAGCUUGGGGAAGAUGAAUACAGAACAGUGACGAGGUAUUUCAAGUUGCACUGCAGGUUUAUGGCUCCCAGCAAGGACCCUGGGGUGACAAGAGCAGGAAGGAGCAGCCCUGAACAGAGGGGGAAACUGAGGCAUAGAGAACAUUACUGAGCAGUGGAGCCCAGCUCAAGGGCAGCAGUGUUGGAAGAGGACCCAGCGGUCAUUGCUGACUUGCAUUUGUCACAUCUGGGAAGGGACUCCGUCACAGUCCCCCAGGAGACAGCUUGGGGACAGGCUAUCUGCUAGGCUGAGCAGCGGGCCUGUGCCAGACAGGAAGUAAGGCUGUGGUGCUGCCAGUGUUCCUGGCACCUGGUGGUUCUGUGUAGGUCCCAGAGGGCCGGGGACAACUUAUGGAUCGCUAUGGAUCGCCUACUCCCUCCCUAGCCAACUCCCCCCCCCCC